CGCCCGCCCGCGCAGACCUAGAGCGCGGCCGCGGACGAAGAUGGCGACCGCCAUGUACUUGGAGCACUACCUGGACAGCAUUGAGAACCUUCCGUGUGAGCUUCAGAGGAACUUCCAGCUCAUGCGAGAGCUGGACCAGAGGACAGAAGAUAAGAAGGCAGAGAUCGAUAUCCUGGCUGCAGAGUAUAUAUCCACAGUGAAGACACUUUCUCCAGACCAGCGUGUGGAGCACCUGCAGAAGAUCCAGAGUGCCUACAGCAAGUGUAAGGAGUACAGUGAUGACAAGGUGCAGCUGGCCAUGCAGACCUAUGAGAUGGUGGAUAAACACAUUCGAAGGCUCGAUGCAGACCUGGCGCGCUUCGAAGCGGAUCUGAAGGACAAGAUGGAGGGCAGUGACUUUGAAAGCUCUGGAGGACGAGGGUUAAAAAAAGGUCGAGGUCAGAAAGAAAAAAGAGGCUCCCGGGGUCGUGGCAGGAGGACCUCAGAGGAAGACACUCCAAAGAAAAAGAAGCACAAAGGAGGGUCUGAGUUCACCGACACCAUCCUGUCCGUGCACCCCUCCGACGUGCUGGACAUGCCUGUGGACCCAAAUGAGCCCACGUACUGUCUGUGCCACCAGGUGUCCUAUGGGGAGAUGAUAGGCUGUGACAACCCAGACUGUCCUAUUGAGUGGUUUCACUUCGCCUGUGUGGAUCUGACCACGAAACCCAAAGGAAAAUGUGUUCAGGCUCCUUCCCUGUUAAGUAGGACUGAAGCUCGGACACGUUGGUGCUGCACGAGCUGCAUGUGAGCGUGUUUGCUGGGGGAGCUUUGCUUCCUCUGGGGCAGUGGCAUGAGCGUGCUCAGCACUCACUCCCUGGCACAGAGCACACACUGGCGAGUGGCGGCCUGGUGCCUGGGUGGGCGUGUCCCAUGGCAUCAGCUGCCUCCUGCAUCGGGAGCCAGGAGGGCUGCGGUGGAAAGCAGCAGGAACGAUCCCUGUGUCACUCACAGCUGCCCUGGCCCAGGAGUGACCAAGGGCCGCCUCCUGUGUGUGAGGCGCUGACCCUGCUUGCCCAGGGUCACCAGGAGCACUGGCUAAUCACGCAGGUCCCAGGGCCCUCUCGGCCUGCCCGCCUGGCUGGGUGUGCCACGCGCCAUGCUCCGCGCACCAUGCUCUGCACGCUUGGUCGCCAGCGUGGCUGUGGGUGUCGCCUCCACUCUGAUUACUGACGACCCCGGCAUCACACAGGGACGACCAGUUAACUUGAUGGUGAGCAGUGUUCGUGCGUAGAAACAGUCUUGCACAUUGAUUCGUAUCUGUUGACUGCAAAACACGUGCUGGCUAGGGUGACUUGCUGGGGCUCCCCCUUGCUGGGGGUUUCCCGAUGCGAGGGCCGCGUGCUCUGUGCACUCUCCCCUGGUGCCGUCCCGGCGGCCCGGGGAGGCGGGCUGUGGGCCUCUGCACUCACAGGGCCGAUCACCGCGUCUUUCUCCUCAGGUUCUGUCCACGGUGCGUUCAGGAAAGGAGGAAGAAGAAGUAAGCCUGAUGCCUGGACUAGAAGAGCAAGUUAAUAUAUUCCUUCUUCGUGUUGCAAUAUUUUCUCUUCAUUUUAAAACUACCUUGUUUCAAAUGAUAUUUAAAAACUCAGUGGCCAGUUGUAAUUCUGGAUACUUCUUAAAACAAACAAGAAUCCACCUGAGCCCUGUUUGCUCGAGGAGCGAUCUUACGGGGACUCGCCACAGUGACUUCAUUAUUGGAGACUUUGUACCGGCCCCGCGCCGAGCCCGGCAGGUGCGCGCCGAGGAGCCGAGCCUUCUGUGGGGGCUGCGGCGGGGACCGCCCAGCCAGCGCAGUACCAUCAUUCUGCAGCUGAGGCGUGAGCCUGCAAGGUCUGUCCCUGCUUCCUGGGGCUGUGCCCAGCACCUCUGGAAGCACAUCUGUCCCCGCUGAGGCGUCUGCGUGUGGGACCUGGCGAGGCCUUGCUGGAGGGCAUCUGCCGUGUCCGAGCUCUGGGCCAGGGCGGGCUAUCCCUGGAGGAGGAGGUCUCUGCUUCGCUGUGCACUGCCUUUUUCGUCUGGACUCCCAGUUCCCUCUGUGAGGGUUUUACCUUCUGGAGUAAACGGCUCUUCGUUAGCACACGGGUGGUCGUUACUGUGACCCGCCCGCAAGAGACAGAUAGCUGAUGCUCCGUUUCUCUGGGAAUUCCUGAUGUUUUUACUGUGAAGAUGAAAUUAUUGUAAUAGCAUGAAGAUCGUGGGUCUGUGUGUAUGUGAAGUGAGUCCAGUCCAGUAAGAGCUGAUUUUAAACCUGUUAUGUCGUACACCGGUCAGCAGCUCAUGUCCGAGGGGACGACAAUUAUGUGAUGCGAUUUGUGAAUUUCUCGUGCCACGCAGUUCUGGAAUGAAGCUAGGAAACUAGAGUGUGUUUUCUGUUUAAUCUGCAUUCACCAAACCAAUCUUGAACCGUGUUUUUGGGAAUAGUUGGGGGAAAUUGCAUAUGUUUGGUGUGCUGAGAUCCAUUUGUGAUGGUGCAUAGUGUGACUUCUGGGAGCAGGCGUGGACUCUGAGACCCUCCAGCAUACGUUUAGAGGAGCCCGAGGAGUCCCAAAGAAAGAGGAAAACCUGUUUCUGUCCUCGAGGCAGGAGAAGAAAUCCAGGAGGCGGAGUCGAGAUGUGAAAUUCCCAACUGAAGAAGAAUAUUGUCUUCUUUAUCAGGAGGCCUUCUGGAACGGUGCAGCUGCUUCCUCCAGUGGCCUUGUUUACCGAAUGUUCCCUCCUGUUCUCUAAUACUUCACCAAGGACAGGAGAUGACACGGAGAGAAACUUGGGGGGCUGUGUCCUGCAUGGGCCACUCCUCACCAAGGCAGUUCCUGGUCGGUAAACGAGAGCUGAAUGUUAACUCCGACGUCAGAGGGCAGGGAGGGUCCUGCUGGACCCUACGUCUAUGGUUCUCGGUGGGGCAGCCUGCGCCAGACCUGCUGUCCUGCUGUCCUUUCUGGGGCUUCCAGGGGACUGCAGGUGAGGUCACUUCGGAGAGGGCCACCCUUUCUGUCCCAGGCCGCGUGGUUAGGGUAGGGGGUCAGCAGCUGGCCUGACAAGCUAUCCCGGAACCGAAGCCUUCCUCCUGCUCAGAAGGGAGGGGUGAGGGCCUCAGGAUGCGCGCCGGCCUGCAUGUGCCCCUCCAUCUCAGCUGCAGCCGAAAACGAGGCUUGUUUGUAUUUAGUAACUUAGCUUUUUGUUAACACAGGUGUUUAAAGAUUGUGGGGAAUAAAUUGUGGAAAAUUGUUUUCUUCACUCUUCUACCAGUUUUUAUGGAGAGGAUAGGUAAGUACACGAGUUUGUGAUGAUUCUUUGGAAGCUAGUUUAAUAUUUGCACUGCAUCUUAGAACACUUCCCGGCCGCCGCCAUCAUGGGGAAACUGGUGCCUGGGGAUGUGGGCUGAUGGCUGGGCAGGGGCCUCCCUCACUGCGCAGGAGGGACGGCCGACUUCCCUGUCGGGAGCUGGUGUGUGAUGCCGUCCUCCGCUGGUCGCUGUGUGACGACCCAGCUGCCGGCUUUCUCUUUGUAGGUUCUGUGCCUGGCUGUCUGUAGUGUUUGCUUUUGUUGGUUGCAUAAAUAUCUCCAAAACAACACCCAUAGAUAGAGCUUUGGAGACAAUAAGACAUGAGCAGAGUAGCAAGAUUUAUUCCCUGGAACUCUGUUUGGGCCAGCACGGGUCCGCUGCCCCUCCCUGACUGUGAACGCCGAUGCGACAGCGCUGUUUGCUUGGGAAAGAAUGUCCUGCCACCUGGCCUGGCUCCAGCCCCGCAGGGGCGGUGGGCGCCUGCCGAGGAUCGCCCUGUGAGGCCUGGCCGCCUACCUCAGGGUGAUGCCCACCAGACUCCGUCUGCCUGCCGGGCACCAGAUCUGACCCGGAGGUGGCUGCAGAGCCCUGUCCCUUGGGUUGAGGGGGUCCCUGUUGCAGCCGCACCUGAGCCAAGGGCGCGGGCCCUCCACGGGGCUGUGGGGUUUUCUUGUAGGGAAGGAGCGCCGUGUUCAGAGGAGACUCAGCAUGUUCCUUGCUCUCAGUGCUCUGUUAGCAGUCAGCAGUUUGACCAAUAGCCUCUCGUUUUCCUCUAGAACAACACAUGCUGCACUUACAAAAAUAAUUUGUUAAACUGAGCCCCCCACAUCCGUGGCUGUGUUCGUGGAGCUGCUGCAGACCCUGAGCUGAGGCCUGUGUGACUGGGGUCCCCGGGCGGGCGGGUGUGAGAUGCCACUGGCCAUGGCCACGGAGCCUGGUGGCUUCCGGCCUGCACGGGAAUGACGGGGGUUUGCUGGGACGCGUGGGGACGGUGGCUUCGUCCCGGGCGGCCACGCGGCACUCCCGACUGGUAGCUGGCAGCCCUGGCAGGGUCUGUCUCGAGCAAUAACACUCUCCGGAGAGCAGCUUCCCCGUGUGGCCGCAGCUGGAAGUUGGAACACUUGCCGUGGGCCUUGGAGAUAGGAGGUUUUCCUCAGUUGUUAGUGAGCCAUGACUGGUCCUUGUUACCUGUGCCGAGAGGAGUUUUAAAACAAAGUCUAAGAAAAAUGUUCUCAUUCAGGAGAGAGUUCUGUGAAGUUUCUUUCUUCCUACAAAUGUAUUUUGUGGUGUUCACUUUUACCACAUUUCAUCCAAAAAGAUGAUGCAGCUUUAACACGAAUGUUACAUUUUAUUUUCAAGGAAUUAUCUAUGUUCCCUUUGUAAAGGAAAGAUAAUAUUGUAAAUCUUUUUAUUAAAUAAUGUAAAGAUGUAUAUCUGUAUUUUUGGAUCAUGUUAUAGAUUAUGGAUAUAUUGUUUAAUAAAUAAAGUAUUUUUUGGAA